CGAUGUGAGAACAGAGAAGAGAGAGAAUAAAACUCAUCCGAAAUCGCUGCUCCCGAUAACACACUGCUGCCAGCCCUGCGUACUACAAACGAACAUGUGAAAAGUCGUUCUCUUUUUCGUUCGCUCACUCUAACUCAUAAGUGGUUUGACCAUUCACUCAUCAGUCUGUAACAAAACUUUUCACAAGACGCACCACUAAAGAAAAUUGUCUGUGAUUUUUCAUUUAUAUUUUGUUGUGUAAAAGUUAGUGGAAAAGUGAAUUUCUUUUGAACAAUUAGAACAUUUGUGUGUUUAAAUUAGAAAACCAAUGUAAAGUUCUUUGUCUGUGCAUUUUCAAUUCAUAAAUGUAAUAAAUGUUUGGCAAUAAUUGGUACACUGACAUUGCAGAAAAUUUUAAAAUAAAUAUUUCGCAGAGAAUAGACCAGAGUUUUUCGCAUAGGAAAAUAUCAAUAAAGUAGUGUGUAUGUUCAGUGCGCUUUCAUGUUGUGUAACACUCUGAAUAUUAGGGAAUGAAUUACCGCAUGAUAAGGUCUUUAUAGAGAAAAAAAUCGUCUUCCAGAAGUAAUAAUUUUUAGAAUGUAAAAUUGUAUUUAAUUUACGAAAUUUAAAUAAAAUUUGUGAUAAUAAUUGAAGCUAUCAAGAAUAUAUGUUACGUUCUAUCACCUUUUAACUUACUUACAUAUUCUUCACGAACGAGUUAACAGAGUAAAAGUAUCAGACCCACAAUAACUUAAUCAAGUGAAAAAAUAGAAAUUAAAUUUUUUUAAAUGAUUUUAUUGAAUGAACUUAUCUCCUACAAUUAAAUGAGAAGUAAAAGAUCACAGUGUCGCCCAGUUAAGCGAUGCAUUUUCUUUUUCACGGCAAUAACUAUAUUACCGUUAGCCUUGGUUUACCUUGCAACCAGCAAUGAUCAGUUUUAUCGCAUCAGAAGUCCAAUCUCAGAAAAUGGGAACAGUACACAACUUAUGGCGGAAGAGCUGCCGAAGAGAGCACUAUCACAAAGUGAAAUGGAAAUGAUUGAAGCACGAAUGGCGCAACGUAAUGAACGUUUGGCCGAAAAGUGUACUGAAUUUGGACUCGACGUUCAUGGAAAUGAUUCAUGGCAUCAGCCGAAUCCUUGGGAAUUUUUAGUCAAUAGAAAAUAUCACAUAAUUUGGUGCAAUGUCUUUAAAAGCGCAUCAACAUCCUGGAUGUAUAAUUUUAAUAUUUUAGCUGGUUAUUCUCCAGAAUUUUUAAAGAAAUCAAAUGCCGUUCCUUUAGAAUUAGCAAGAAAGAAGUAUCCACGUGUUUCACAGGGUGAGCUUGAAAAAGCAAUGAAUGAUUCAACAACAUUUUUAAUUGUCCGACAUCCGUUCGAACGUUUACUUAGUGCUUAUAAAGAUAAACUUUUGUAUGCUGUUCCUCAUUCAUUGCACGAUAAAUUGGGACAUAAAAUUAUAAAGAGAUACAGAAAGAAGAAGAAAAAUGUGACCUACCCGAAAUGUCCCACAUUUUCCGAGUUCAUUAGUUUCAUAUUGGACGAGGUGAAAAAGAAAAAUGCGCUCGAUAUGCAUUGGACUCCGAUAACAAAAUUCUGCACUCCAUGUCAAGUAAAAUUCGAUAUUGUAGCAAAAUUUGAGACAUUAGACGAGGAUCAACGGUACUUAAUAACGAAAGCAAAUCUAAACAGCAUCAUCAAACCAGAAUGGAAAAACUACGGAAAAGGUAGAAAUACGCAGGACUUAGUAGCAAAAUAUUAUUCUCAAUUGACAAGGGAACAAUUAGACGGAAUUUUCGAAUUUUUUAGAUACGAUUUUGAGUUGUUCGAUUACAGCUCAGAUGAAUAUUUCAAAUUAGAAUUAGUUACAAAUAAUGAACCAUCCAGCGAGUAUAAAGACAAGACAAAUUAAAUGUAAUUGGGCUCAUAAUACACAUUAUAGUGACAUUGAUAGCUUUAUUAAUAAAACUGAUUGUUGAUCUAAAACGAAAACAUAUUUUAGUGAGACAAUAACAAGAAAAACGGCCUAGCUAUGAUUUAAAUUGAGAAGUAGACGCAGAGAGCAAUCAAUUGUAAUAGUUAAAAACUAACGUAAAUAAGUUUCCAAUUCUUCAUUGUGUCUUUACUAACAAUGUCCCUAUUCCGAUUUCCACUUAUUUUAUUUUAGUUAUAAUGAGAUCUAAGAAUUAUUUUAUUUUUAAUUCCAUUGAUACGUUACUUUGAAUAACUGUCGAAAGCUUCAUUGAAUGGGUAACAUAUUUUUAGAGCAGCUAGAUUACGACUUAUUUAUUUUUAUUAAUUACAUGAUCUCUGUGCAAUAAUAGAUUCGAUAAAUUUUUAUGUCAACUUCCUUUCGUUUUUAUAUUCAUUCUGUAUCUAUAUUUAAGACAAUUUUAAAAUUUUUAAUUUUAAAACAGCGACCCCAUUGUUGGUAAGAUGACAUAACUUUAUAUAUCAAUUUAAUUGAAAGGAAAUUUAAAAAAUUAAGUAGUUUUAAGGCGAGAAUUAAGUUCAAUAAAAUUCAAUUGAUAAAAA